ACGCGGCCGCGGAUGAGAGGAGCGCCCGGGAGAGCGAGACCCCCCCCAGCUCCCAGCUCAGCAACGUCAAGGGGCUCCUCUGGAAGAGGCUCCGCGAGAGGAAAAGUCGCGGCGGCACCAAAGUGGAGACCCCGGCGGGGACGGGCCCCGAGGGAGAGAGGGCCCCCAGCUGUAGCGGGUCCCGGGAGUCUCUGCACCCCCCGACCGAGCUGGACCUGAGCGGGGGCUCGGUGAUCGUGCGGCCGGUGCACGGCAGCGUCGUGGGGGAGAGGUUCUGCUUCCAGGUGAUCACGGGCCAGGGCAGCAGCUCCUUCGGUUGCACGUCCCUGGCCGAGCGAGACCGAUGGAUCGAGGAGCUGCGACGGACGGCACAGCCCAACAAGGACAGCUGCGAGCGCCUGGAGCUGUCUCUGAGCCUGUGGGUGUACGAGGGCCGGGACCUGCCCCCGCGGCGCCGCCUGCGCUGCCACCUCCAGCUGGACGGGACCCUCUUUGCCCGCACCACGGCCAAGGCGGCGGGCGCCGACGGGGGGCUCUUCUGGGGGGAGCUGUUCCAGCUGGCCGCCCUCCCGCCCGCCCGCGCCCUCACCCUGGCCCUGUGCCGCGACGACCACCCCGGCGGGCCGCCGGUGGCCGCGGUGACGGUGCCGCUGGCCGAGCUGGGGGCGGCGCGGCAGCCGCUGGAGCGCUGGUACUCCCUGAGCGGCCCCGGCGGUGCCGAGCGGGCGCCGGCGCUGCGGGUGCGCGGGCGGUACCGCGAGGUGCGGGUGCUGCCCAUCGUGCGCUACAAGGAGCUGGCAGAGUUCAUCACCUUCCACUACCGCCAGCUCUGCGCCCGCCUGGAGCCCGCCAUCGCCGCCCGGCACAAGGAGGAGCUGGCCGGGGCCCUGGUGCGCGUCCUGCAGAGCACCGGCAAGGCCAAGUCGUUCCUCAUCGACCUCGGCGUGGCCGAGCUGGACCGGUUUGACGAGCGCGAGGCCCUGAUCUUCCGCGAGAACACCUUGGCCACCAAGGCCAUCGACGAGUACAUGAAGCUGGUGGGGGGCAAGUACCUCCAGGACACGCUGG